AUGGACGCCCCAGCAGCCGAGAUGAAGGACAAGUUCGAGCUCCUGAACAUCAAUAGCGAUGAAACUUUGGCAUGUCCUGCACCCCAGGGACACGGAGAUGAUAUGGCCGUCGACCCGAUGCAAAUCGACGACGACACGUACGGGGCGGAGCCUAGCUCUGGAUCUGGAGCUUGGGAGAAACCUCCGACCGGUACCUGGGACCCGGCGCGCUCAGGGACGAGCCCAGAUCCCGCGCAUAUGGUAUCACGCAGAAGGCAUAAUAAACAGAAAAGGAAUGCCUUCCGGAACAGUCAGAUCCGUCGACCAAACAGUCGGCCAUUCAACAGGGCAAGCCGCAACCUCAACCAAUUGGCACGUGUGACCAUUCUAAGCCAAAGGUUGGUCGGGCAUGACGAUCCACUGAACCUCUUCACCGAGAAUUGCCUCAAGACAAUUACAGAUUGGGUCUUAUUACUCGGCCAAACCACAAUGCCAGACAAUCUCAGAAGCUCAGAUCCCCGAAUCAUUGCCGCUUUCGAAAUUGUGGACAGGGUCAUUCGUGGACAGGACGGAACGUACUUGCUGCGACGGCUGGCGUACGUGCAGUUGAUGCGGAUGUUUACCACGCUUGAAUCCAUUAUAAGAGCAGAGAGGGAAAGUGGACAAGUCCCGCGUGAACCUUUUUAUCGCGACGCAACCAUUGCCAUCGACAUUUACAUGCAGGCACAGGAAGACUGUUCACACCCGGACGACUUGAGACGUGAGGUGAAAGAGCGAAAACGAGCGAGCAGAAGCUGGAGCUCUCUAUCGGGACCCUCUCCACUCUUUACUAUGAUAUACUCAGAUGCCGCUGAGGCGAUCGUGCGAGAUGUUGAAAGACAAGACGGCGCGAUUCUAAAGGAUGUGGCUGUGAACAUUAUGGAGCGUUCCGACAAGGCUGUUCAAAUUUGCACUCUGCUCACCGAUAGUGCGGAAUGGGCUGUCAGGUCUGGAUGCCCAGUUGACAUGCGCCCGAUUGCGGCUGCACAGAUGAGGAAAAUUCUCCACUAG